AUGAAUUCAAACACUGCACACAGCCCUGUGUUUCUGGUAUUUCCUCCAGAGAUCACUGUUCCCGAAUUUCAGUCAACGGACCAUACAGCCACAACCUAUGACUCUAUUAUGCCCUUUCCAAAACGACUUACUAAAAAAAUGAAAAUCUUAGGGACUAUCCAGAUCCUGUUCGGACUGAUGAACUUUUCUUUUGGAAUCAUUUUACUUUUCACCUUUGAAAACCCAUACCCAAGGUUUCCCUUUAUAUUUGUUUCAGGAUAUCCAUUCUGGAGCUCCGUUCUGUUCAUUAAUUCUGGAGCUUUUCUAGUUGCACUGGAAAGAAAAACCACAGAAACUCUGGUGACGAUGAGUCGAACAAUGAACUGUCUCAGUGCCCUGGCAGCAACAGCUGGAAUCAUCCUCCUCACAUUUGGUUUCAUUCUAGAUCAACACUACUUUUGUGGCUAUUCUGAAGAAGCCAGUCAGUGUCAGGCGAUUACCACCCUAUUCAUUGGAAUUUUGAUUAUGCUGAUGGCCUUCAGCAUUAUUGAACUAGUCAUUUCUCUGUCUUUCUCGAUUUUGAGGGGAAACGUUAACGGUAGUGACUAUUGUGAGGAAUGCUGUUGA